CCAAGUCGCAGCUCCAUUCAACUCACUGAUUUGGUUUUGCUACUACAGUCACUUCCUUUGUUGAUCCUGUCAGCAAGAGAAACGAUGCGAAACCAGAAUUUACCAUCUCACCAUCAAUCGAAGGGGUCUGCUAGCCCAGAGGAUGCUUCUCUUCGUUCGACUCCGCUGAGAAGUUUGAAGAAACGAACUUCCCGAAGGCUUGUGGUCAUAAUCGCUCUGAUAGCCUCGAUUGUGGCCCUUUUACGUUAUUCUCCUCGCGCAGUUCUUUAUACUUGGACUGCUCAACAUGCCCAUUCGGAUCCUCAGUUGGGCUGGUCCUCAGUCAAGGUUAACGUCAAGGGUGCUUCUCGGGAUUGGACGAGCGAGUCGUAUGAGACAACAAGCGCAAGUUUCAACAAUUACUACAACCCAAAAAGUGCACUUCAAGUAGAUGAGGCUCUGAGCGAUAGAGAGCAAACACGAGGGUCUCAAAUACCAUCUUCCCGCGUCGAUCAAGUGGUUGAUCAUUUCGAUACUGAACCAAAGGACGCUCAAGGUUUCGGACAAAAAGAAGUGAUACCGAUAUUUGAAAGGUUGGUAGUGAAAGAAGCGCCCAGCACCCCGUACAAACCAUUGCCGAGAAUGCGACUUCAGCCGGACUUACGAUACGAAGACGUUUGGCCGAGUGUCCAUCGGCUUACUAGGGAGUUAGAAAGCACCAAAUUUUUGACAUUUUCGCCUCAUUCUGGAUUCCACAACCAAAGAAUCGAAAUCAAAAAUGCGUUCAAGAUAGCAAAACUAUUAAAUCGCACCUUGAUCCUACCAUCAUUUAGGCUCGGAAAUGCUUUGGGUUGGGGGAACUCCACGUCUCUCAGUGCAGCCUUAGAACAGGCUGAGACGAAAUACGAUCGUUUAUCAGAGUGUUCAAACCUUCUGUCCAAAGUUCACGAUAGUCACAUUGGUGGAGAGAAAUCGGAUCUCUUGAAAGAAUGCAGAGACGACUCUAAGUGGACGUCUGUACAAGUAGAUUACAUGCUUGAUAUAAAGGACCUUUAUAAAGAAGUACCAAUCAUUGAUCGAACUGACUUACGCGAAGCAUGGUUAUGGGACACCUUGAAAUUGGAGCCUGGAGAAUGGCUUGAAGUGAAAGAUGAUUUUCGUUAUAGCUAUCAAAUCUACGAAUCUGCGACCACUUCCUCUGUGGCUGAAUCGAAGUACGAAUGGAGACUGAAUAUCGCAGACUUGGCCGAUUUCAGUGAUACGAGAUUGCUCAGCUUUGGCUCUUUGUUUGGUAGCGAACGGGUCAUACUAAGCAGUCCAGAAAUGGAAAAAUUUAAUCAAAAGAUCGAGAGCAACCAAUUCUUAAACCUACCUUUGCUGGAAAAGAUCUCUGAUCGCAUCGCUGAUCGCUUGGGAGGCAGAGGAAACUACAUUGGCUUACAUCUUAGAGUAGCAGAUGCCUUUUUCAAAGUUCAAGCUCCACAGGUAAUCCGCGAAACAUUUGAUAAAAUUUGCAAGGAAAUUUUGAAGGUCGACCAAAAAAUUAUAGACGAUUUGAUUGCUCAAUAUGAAUCGAAUACGCUACUGAAAACUGGCGACGUGAACGACGGGCUAGAGAAUCUCCAAUCCGCCCUCCAUGUCAACCGCCAAUCCGCUUCUAAAAUCGAAUUAAGUGAUCUCGAAACCAGUCAUAAAUCCGACAACAGACAUUUCAAGUACGAAUCUAGGGGGUUCAACAAAGAGACUUCUGGAGUAACCCCAAAGAGCCGAUUCUUGAAUCCUACUAGACAUGGCCGGCAGCUGAAACCCUCAAACACCCUCAAUCGAAAAACAAGUUUUAAAUGCAAUAGAAAAUUGUAUCAAGAUCAAGCGGGUGGACAACUAGAAAAGUUGAACAUCCCGAUCUAUAUUUCAACAGACGUCCGUUCGAAAUCGAUCAAGAACGAAGAAGUCAUGAGGCUAAUUUUUGACAGCUUUCCGUGCGUAUUUUCGUCCAACAACCUCAAGACUAUCAAACCUAAAGGUUCGAAAAGAGUACGAAAGCCCAACAACCGAGGACUCAUUGGUCGAAAGAAUUCAAACUCGCAAGGAUCAGGUCAAACUCGAACGGAAUCGAACGCUCAGCAAGCUACUACUGAAGAAUUGCAGAGAGACUUUUCGCCACAUCAUGAUGCUCAAGAUGAAGAAACCGAGAAUGAGGACGACGAGGAUUUGUAUGGCUUUCACCUGCUGAAGAGUAAUCUGGACGGUGUCAGUCUUGAUAGGUUCUUGUUUCCAGUCUUGGAAUCUAUGAUUGUUUCUAAAGGCUCCCACAUCAUUGGAACCCCCAGAAGCACUUUCAGUAAUUAUGUAGAAACUGUUCUGCAUCCCAUCUACCAUCGUUCCAGCAAGUCUACGAGGUCGGGGAACAGACUUAAAUAAGCUCAACACGCAAAGCUGGAUCCCUGACUCUUUCUCGUUCACCUCGAUCAUCUGUUUCCUACCAUACUACUUCAUCUCGUUCUAUUCUUAUCGUUUUAAAUAUAUAUAUGGGUCAAAAUAUCUUUUUUCGGAAGAAAUUUUCGUUAAUGUUAAUCGUAUGCACAAAAUCGUAAUGUUGUGCUGUGAGCUUUCUG